GCCGGUUUGGGCGCCGGAAAGGAGGGAGGCUGUCGAGCCGCGGUGUCCUCGGUCUGCGGUUCCAGGUCCGGGCGCUUUCGCCAGAUCGGAAGCCCCUUACCCUUCACGGCCAGUCGUUUCCUACGUGCUGGACGUCCACGGUGCGCCCUUGGGAGACCGGUUCCGUUGGGCUUUGCGGGGGAGUGACCAUCGCGGUGGUUUCCAGUCCUUACCUUCCUCUGUCUCACCUCCUGGGGCAGCGCACCCCCGAUCUGAAUUUCAGAAUGACUGAUACUCCUGAAGCUGUUCCAAAUUUUGAAGAGAUGUUUGCCAGUAGAUUCACAAACGAUGACAAAGAAUACCAGGAGUAUCUGAAACGCCCUCCUGCGACCCCUCCAAUUGUCGAGGACUGGAAUAGCAGAGCUGGUGGGAGCCAAAGAAAUAGAGGCAACUGGUUGCAAGAUAACAGACAGUUUAGAGGCAGGGACGGCAGACGGGGGUGGCCAAGCGACAAUCGAUCCAAUCAAUGGCAUGGACGACCCUGGGGUAACAAUUACCAGCAGCACAGACAAGAACCUUACCACCCUCACCAGUAUGGAAACUACGGUUACAACCAACGGCCUCCCUAUGGCUAUUACUGAUAGAAAUGUCCGCAGCUUUUAGUAAAACUGUUUCCUUUGUUAACAAGACAAACAUUUGCGUGUAUUUUCUGUUGGUCAUCAUUUGCAUCUGAUUUUAGAAAAUGAAUUAAUUUUUUGGAACUUGA